AUGCCUUAUAACAAAAGUGAAGGGAAGCAGUGUGUUGUCAUCGGCUGUACAAACAGUCAAAAGAAGUUACACGAUUGGAAAUUAACUAGAUCUAAAUGUGUUGAACAUGGUGCUGAGAAUCAAAACUGCGCCUGUGGGGCACCAUUCAAGUUGUUCUGCAUCCCAAUCAAAGAGCAUAAACGUCAAUUGUGGCUAAAUUCUAUCAAGAGAAAAGACUUCAAUCCAGCAUCAAAAGCACUGGUUUGCUCAGUGCACUUCGCAGAUGGUAAACCUACCCGACAAAAUCCGGUCCCAGUUGUGAACAUGGGCUAUAACCUUCGACCCGCCACACCUGCACGCAGACCACUUGUGCGUAAAACAUUGCAGAUGCCUUAUACUGAGAGUGUGCAAGAGAUGAACACAUCAUCAGAUAGCCGUUUGAUUCUUGAUUCAUGUGAUACAUUGACCGCUACAAGGUUAGAGGUGGUAACGCCAGAACUGCCUGCUGAAUGUGAGUCCAUUUGUUGCCAGAAAUUUCAGUAUCUGUGCAGAAACCGUCCAGUUAUGGUCGAUACGUCCACACAAACUGUUAAUGUUGUGGGACUUGAUCAUAAUUACAUGAAGAUGAAGACAACCAAGAAUGCAGCGGUACAACACUCAAGUGCUGAGUUAAGUGCUGAAAACAUAUUGUGUGAAUCUGACUCUCGCUUUUAUACUGGGCUUGCAUUGACUCAACUGUUCACGUUGAUUGCAACACUGGCGCCUUUCGGAUCUAACUUGCCCUACAAUAUGAAAGUGGCUGCCCAGAUUUUUGCCGUGCUAGUUAGAUUGCGUCUGGGAUUGACUUACGAGGAUCUUGCAAGGAGACUUAAUAUGUCUGCACAACUUGUGAUGAGGUCAUGGCUGACAGAGGUUUCACAGUUAGUUAAGAACUUUGCUUUAGGCGUGUACGGCUAA